CUGCUUGACUGAUUAAUUUCAUCUGUGCAUGUUAUCAUAGAUGCCAUAUCUUGUUUGACAUAAUAAUUUUCCCUUAAAUUUUACUGUAAAAUCUGUAGGUGAAGGGACACUCAAAAUUUAGUAUUUCUGGCAUUUGACGAAGCACGUGGCAUCAUCAACGGAGUUACCUUUUUUAUUUUCUUGAAGAUAUGGAAUUCGAGGAGUUUGCCAUCCCCGAAGACCAGCCAGAGAGGGAUGCCGGUGAUUCCCAGAUUCCCGCAGCCAAAACUUCAACGGUCAACCGCGAGACCGUGAAAAUUCUCGAUGAGGAUGAGCAUGCGGAUGACCGGUUGAAGGAGAAGGGCAAGGAGAAGGUCGGUCGCCGGCAAAAGAAGGUGGCCACCACCCAUCCUUCCUACGGCAAGAAGAGGGCGAGGUCAGAUCCUGAGCCGGCUUCCCAGUCCAUUGAAGAGGCCUUCGUCAAUCUAGGCCUAAGGCUAAAAGAGGCAGGGGAGAUCAGGCCCUAUGCGGCUGAGCGGCUGGGGAUGGGCUCUCCUACAGAGUUGGCCCGGUUGAAGAAGGAAAAUGAGGAGAUGGCUCACAUCCUGAAGAGCCAGGCAGAUGAGCUCAUCCGACUCUCUGGUUUGACCGGGACAAUGAAGGCGGAGAUCUCCCAGCUCAAGGAAGAGAAUGGUCAGCUCAUGGACGAAGUUUCUGCGACGAAGAAGGAGAUGGCACUGAAGGAGCAAAGCUUCCCCAGUCGUGCAGCUGCAUGGGUGAAUGAGAACAGAGCCGAAGCCGCCCGGGUGAUGACGGCAAGCCCGGAAGCUACCAUGGAGUCCUUCAGGCUUCUUUACCGGGAGCCUGAGGGGAAGAAGAUGAUUACCGCUAUUGGGUCCUUCGGGUUCAAGAGCGGUCAGAAGAAAGACCGGGCUGCUUCUCACCGGGUCCUAAAGAAAAGGGACCCAGACUUCAGUGCAGCUGCCUAUGGCUUGGCCCCGAUUCCGGAGGAAGAGCCUACUCCCCCUUCCCCCUAGAUUGAUCUCCCGGCUGCGCCCGGUUGAGUUGGUUUGUAAAAUUUCAAACUUCAUUUUCCCGGGAAUGCCCGACGUAUCUGUAAACAUUUAACAUUCACUUUCCGUUUGGAUGCCAUGUUUAAUUUCCAUACCGGUGGAUCUUGCUUCUAGAUUGAUUCUUUUGUUUUGCUUCUGCUUUGCUAUCUUACUUUAA